GGAUUCACAAACAUGACAGAGUCUAAAGUGAUAAAGUAAUUGUGCGUACACUACCUGACCAUGGCUCUGAAAAACAACACAGCAAAAGCUGAACAAAACCUGACCAUGGCUCUGAAAAACAACACAGCAAUUUCCCGCCCAGAUUGGCUGUUGUACGUGAUUCCUUCUAUUGCCUUUGUACUUGGAUUGUUCCUGUUCUCAAUGGUCUACAAAACACAACGUCGCAGAGAGAAAGAAUUUCGGCGAGUUGCUGCACUAAAGGCCAUCAUGAACAAAACCUCAGCAGGACAUACCUACACAAGGUACACAAGUCAAGGACCCAUGGGAACAGCCAAUAAGGACUCAAGCAAACUGCACAACUCCAGCAAAACUCAAGGAAACCUUACAAAACAAGAAGCCCAGUCUUAUGAGAACGUUACAGCGGCAAUCUACAGUAAUGAGGAUAAAGUCAACUACUGCGUCCUUCCAGAUGAUGAUUAUCUCACUCCUGAUGCAGUGGCAGACAAAGUGACAGAAACCAACACCACCACCUACCUUCAAGCACCUCGCAACCUUACAGACACCGAUGGAGAGUCGUAUGAAAACAUGGAAGGGUGUGUGUACGCUCAUCCUCGCAAAUCCACACUAAGGAAUGCAAUCAGCACUGAGGAUGAUGAUUAUAUUAACCCUGAUGGAGAGGACAAACACAACCUGGAACAGACAGACACAGAGUCCUAUGAGAACAUGGCUGGCUCGGCAUGUCCCAACGCACAAGCACACACCAACACACACACUGUGGAUGAAGGCUGGUAUGAGUGCAUGGACAGAAGACAAAGAGUCGAGAGACAUACAUAAUAUAUUAUAUGAGCGAGGCGGUAAAAGGACACACACACACACACACACACACACACACACACACAUAUAUAUAUAUUCACUUAGAAAAAUACAUCCUCUUACAGUUAAAACAUGAACUGUAUCAAGAUUAUCAUGGAUAUAAAUAGCAGCUCCUUCUCCAUAUAUGACGCUGCCAGUGAUAGCAGUAUGAACAGUAUUAUGCUAGCGGUUUAGCUCUCCUUCUAGGCGUGGCUAACGGCAGUAACCUGUUAUGAGAUUUAUGGUGAUAUGCUAAGCAGAGCAGCCAUUGAGAAUGUGGGGUAGAGAUUCAGUAACCCGUUCUUUAAUGUGGUGCAGACACAUCUGAUCAUCUAGACUUUACUACGAACUUCAGAAUGUCCUCAAUAGCUGCCUUUCCAUCCAAGCUGCGAGUUUAGUUUGUGUGAAAAAUAGGAAUAUCGCAUAAUGCAUUUGCGAAUAAAGCACCGUUUCCAUCCCGUGUGUUCAAGGGAACAAAAUCGUCACUUCUGGGGAAACUGGCGCGAAGUAUCAGUACAAAUGGACCUUUUUUCCUAUAUAACAAACGAGAAAAACGCAUUAUACAGCCGUUGAACUGUAUAAACUGGCCACAUGCGCUGAAUAUCCAGUCACAUCAGCCAAUUAUCCAAUCACAUGAUUUGCUGAGGCAAAGUCACAUGACUUUUUUGACACGUAUAAAGGAAUUUAUUCGAUAAACGUGUUUCCAUCGUAGUGUACACGCACGUCUUCUUAUCGAAUAAAAAAACGAUCCGCGUCAGUUGAGCACAUGCAUUUUCUUAUGCGCAUUUUGGAGAUUUUAUUCGCAUCUGGUGUUUCCGUCCAGUGUUUUCUUUAUUUUAUUUUUACGCCGAAUCCCAAAAUUCGUUUAAAAAGACGUGGAUGGAAACGUAGCUCCCGAGUGUAACGUUCCUGUGCAACGUGUGUGAAGAGAAAUUCUGCCCUCUACUGGUGUGAUGUAAAAUGAAUAAAAUAUUCGACUUCUGUUCAGGCUAGUGCUAGCUAAGAAUCCACUCAGGAAUUAGCUGUGUUUUAUUUUAGGACCGUGACAUGUGACGAGUUUUAUUAUACAGCCUGCUGUAAUUUUGUAAAAUAUCAUGAUUCUGUUGUAUGACUUUAAAUUGAUUACUUCUUGUUUCAUAAGCAAUGUGACGUGUACAGUGUACUCUAGUUGUCCUGCCUUCGCAAUUCUACUUUUGUGUUUUUUGUAAAAAAUUGUAGACAGUGCUACAUUGUAAGAAAUAAAAGUCAACAGAGCACUGGA